AUGGAAUCUAAUGCAACACACAAUAGUACCACAUUCCCAUAUGACAGAAUCAAUGUCUGGAUAGGCAUCAUCCUUCUUCCUGUUAGUCUCUUUGGAAUGGUGGGGAAUGGAACCGUCAUUUGGAUUCUUGGUUGGUGUAUCAAGAGGAAUCCUUUCACCACCUACGUCCUGAACCUUUCUAUUGCUGACUUCGUUGUGCUUAGCACUUUAGCUACUAUUACUGUAUGCUGGCUUUUACCUGGGCACCAUUAUAGUAACUGCCCGCUGGAUCUAGGAAUAUUAUUAUUCCCUGUCUUCCUUUUCACAUUCAGUAUGAGUCUAUUUCUACUGGCAGCCAUCAGCAUUGACAGGUGUGUUUGUCUCUUCUUCCCCCUUUGGCACAAGUGUCACCGGCCACCACGUUUGUCCACUACUGUGUGUGUUGCAAUAUGGAUCCUCACCUUCCUAAUUUCUGUUGUUGUUAGUGCCAUCACAUUCACUCAUACAUAUCUUGACUUAACAUAUUAUCAGUUUCUUCUGAAUGGUCUGGUUUUCAUGCCAGCCAUGUUUAUCUCCACUAUAGCUAUGUUAAUUAAAGUCUGCUUCAUUUCACCGCAUCAUAAGCGGGGGAAGCUUUUAUCAGCCAUCUUGUUGGCCCUUCUCUUCUUCAUCUUCUUCGCUUUUCCAAUUAAUGCUUUUCAGUUUUUCGUCAGCUAUGACAACCCUGCUUCAUUCUAUCUUCGUUACUAUGCUCUCAUUGGUGCAUCUCUUAAUAGCGCUAUUAAUCCUCUCAUCUAUUUCCUGGUAGGAAGGGAUAAGAAGGCUCAGUCUAGGUGGAGAAUAAAAAUACUGGAGAAGCUUUUCCAGGAGGAGGAAUCCUGCAGGGUCAAAAUUGAAUCCCCACUUGAAACAAGUCUAUGA